ACUCAUACACAUGUACACACGUACACAAACAACCUCACAUACCCACACAUACACGCAUCUAUGUGUAUCAAAAAGGAGAUUGGAAAAUCCUUUCGUGUUAUUUUUGAUAAAGAUUUCCCAGUUUCCAGUUCUGAUCAUUCUGCUGAGAAUAUUUCCCAGUAUUUUUCGAUCCUUAUGCACAUCUCACACAAACAUAACAUCGACAUACAAUUUUGGAAGACUAGAAUGAGCAGGCAUGCUUCAAGACUACACAGCUUGGCUUUUGACCCCAUAUGUAUAAUAUAUAUAUGUGUAUAUAUAUAUAUAUUAUGUAUAUAAAUAUUUUAUAAUUAUAUACAUAAUUAUAACAAGGGAUUGGUUUGCGUCUCACCACGCACUGAAAAAUAGGCGUCAGCUGUAAGAGAAGGAUAUGAAUUCUACUUUGCAACAUAUCUCUGUGAGUCUCGAUAAAUCUAUGCUAAGCGAAGACGCAGCUCGCUUACAUAUCCGUGGCCACUCGUAUAUUUAUGCCUGGGUGUACCGACGCUGAUGAAGGCAAAAGGAACUAAAAGACACUGCAGUUUUCAUGCGAGAGGCCACCUACCGCGAUUUGAACCAAGGAAAACUUGGUGACUGUUGGUUUAUCUCCGCUGUAAACUGUUUACUUACCAACAACAGGAAGGUGUUUGAAAAAGUUGUCCCUGGCAACCAGUCGUUCACUGAAGACUAUGCAGGAAUUUUCCGUUUCAAUUUUUGGUGGUAUGGAGAAUGGAAAGAAGUCGUCGUCGAUGACCGACUUCCAGUCAACAGAAUCACUCAUGAAAUACUUUACGCUCACAAUAAUUCAGAACCUGACGAAUUUUGGGUGUGUCUCUUGGAGAAGGCCUAUGCCAAGCUUGCCGGCUGCUAUGAGACGUUGAUUGGUGGUUUCGUUGCCCGUGGCAUGGUGGACAUGACUGGAGGAGUCUCCGAAUGCUUCUUCAUUAAUGCCGAUGACCCCAACCCUACAGAAACAUUCCAGAUGAUGACAAGAAUGGCCACCAUGCAGUCAAUGUUUUCUUGUGCCAUUCUUGAUGAGAAUUAUGAAGUAGAAGGCAAGACAGGUGUAGGUCUUUUUUCAUAUCAUGCUUACAGCAUAAUAAAACUUGCGAAGGUUCAAUACAAAGGAAAGGAGGUGAACCUUAUAAAACUGAGAAAUCCAUGGGGCGAAAAGGAGUGGAAUGGACCCUGGAGUGAUUCAUCUGAAGAAUGGAAUGGAUUGACAGAAGAAGAGAGAAAACGGACGAAUCUGGAAGUGAAGGACGAUGGAGAAUUCUGGAUGGACUUCAAUGAUUUCCUGAAGAACUUCUCUGUUAUCGAGAUGUGUCACGUCGAUCCAUUUACAAUAACCAGCUUUGAGGGAACAGAGGAGAAAACAUCAGCAAGGAAAUGGCACACAUUCCGGGAAGAUGGCCAAUGGCUCAAGAAGAUCACAUCUGGUGGUAAUGACAAUUCUAAAGAUAUCUACUGGAAGAAUCCUCAGUACCUGUUGGAGAUCCGUGAGGGUGAGGGUGAUGUCCGGACAGUGAUAUCCCUGAUGCAUCGGCUAAUGCACCAAAGUGUUAGUAUCGGCGUACACCUGUACAAGCUGAACCCUGGCUACCCGACCCCUCUCCCAGAGAAGUUUGAUGAAUACGCUACGCAAAUGGAAACGGAAAUGAAGGAACAUGUCAGCCGGGAGACGACGUUUGGCGUGACUCUUGUGCCUGGUUCCUAUGUCAUUGUUCCCUUCAUCGAGGAGAACACGUCUUCAGAGUUCAUUCUUCGAGUCUUCACAGAGACGGCAGUUAAGAUCAGGUCCCUCGAUGAUGUGGAGACAGUCGAUCCGGAGACAGUUGACGAAAUUGCAAAGAUCAGAGAAGACCUCCUUGCCAGCAUCUUUGAGAAGAACACUCCCUCAUCAAAGGUGGAUGCGCGCCAGUUGAGAAGGGUAUUGAAUACCGUGUGGAGGAUAGACAAACAGACAACACCUGAUAUAUUUUCUCUGGAGACUUGCCGCUGCCUUAUUGAGAGAUAUAAUAAAUCACGUGAUGGAUUACUGACUCUGGAUGACACAAAGGAAUGCUGGGACUUUGUGAACCUUUGUCAGAGACACUUCCAUGCCUGUGAUUUCGACGAUUCUGGGACGGUGGAUAUUAAUGAACUGUUGCCUUAUUAUGACAUUUCCCACGGUAAACUUAAUAAAUGUGUUGCAGUCAACAUUUGUAUCAGAUACGCUGAUCAGAAAGGCCGUAUGUUCUUCGAUGAUUUCUGCCAGAGCCUUGCACGUUUAAGGACGCUCACCAAAAUAUAUUUGAAACAUUGUGGUGAUGACGUGACCUUCACUUCGUGGUUCCCUUAUACUAUGAAUCCUCGAAGUACAUAGAGGAAAUUCCUGGAGCCAUGGAUCACGUGACAAUGUAUUUUGGAUCACAUGACUGCUUUAAGAAUUAUUGGCCAAAAAAUUUCUCUCUCACGCCCCGUAUAUAUAUAUAUAUAUAUAUAUAUAUAUAUAUAUACACACACACACACAAUAUUUUUCAGCAAUAUAAAUGGUUCCUUUUGAAAUUUCUCCGAGAAGAAGCACUUUUGAUAACCGAAAUGAUCUGUAUGUUGAGCAAAAAAGUAAGUUAAAUAAACGAUGUUACCGCUGUUCAA